CAGCCCAUACUCUCUCUCUCUGGUUUGGUCAAAAUCAAAUGAGCUGACGGACCCACAGGCGGGGGAGUGGUAUCCAAUUUGACGGUGAACAAGGAAGCAAGCAGGCCAGCCAUCUGAGAGCACCGGAGUCCUCAAAAAUCAAAUCAAGUCAAGUAUGGGAGAUCCAUUAGGCUUGCUCAAAGUUACAGUUGUGCAGGGCAAACGACUGGUCAUUCGGGACUUCAAGAGUAGCGAUCCUUAUGUUGUUGUCAAGUUGGGCAAUCAGAUGGCAAAAACCAAGGUUAUCAACAGUUGCCUUAAUCCUGUUUGGAAUGAAGAGCUAACCUUCUAUCCUACAGAGCCCACUGGAGUUCUGAAUCUGGAAGUGUUUGAUAAAGAUUUCCUCAAGACGGAUGAUAAGAUGGGACAUGCUCACCUGAGCCUUCAGCCAUUAGUCUCGGCUGCUAGAUUGGGGCAGAUAUUACAAGUGUCUUCUUCCGGUGAGACAACAUUGAGGAAGGUUGUCCCAGAUAGCGACAACUGCCUGGUUCGGGAAAGCACCAUAACCUGUGUAGAUGGUGAGGUGGUGCAGAGUGUUUGGUUGGGGCUAUGUGAUGUUGAGUCUGGGGAAUUAGAAUUGAAAAUCAAGUUAUCUGGUGCGCCCGUUGCUCACUCACGGUAGUGUUGGCUUAGGUAUAAACCUGUGUAGUUCGGUGAUUGUGCAAUGCAACUCCUCUUGGACUAACAAGGAGUUUGUGGAAGUAGCUUACUGUAGUUUGAGAAGUAGAUUGUUUGAAUGUUUGAAGUCAUGUGCUGUGCAUGUUGAACUGUAGUAUAUAUUGUUGUGUUAUUUGGAAUCCUAAAUUAUACUCUGUUGGGUUUGCAUU